AUGGGCAAGUGUUGGUCACUUGGUGCCUCAGAACCCCUCGGUGGCACCUCCAGGUCCCCCACUGUCCCCAGUAGUUUCUGGGGCUGCCGCCUGGUCCCCCUGGAGCUGGGGCCACCUCCCCUGCCUCCGCUGGUCCGUGGAGCCUGGCCAGAGAGCACGGCACUGUUGUAUGACAUUAAGAAGGUGAAUCCAAAGAGGACCAUAGAUGUAGGGUCAUUCCAAGUAAACCCUGACGGGACACAAGAGAGGAGUAAGGUUCCUUCAGCAAAGUCGGAGAGCAACUUAACGGAGUUGUUGGGACAGAAAAGGAGAUGGGAGAGAUUUGCUCCUAGGCAAGAAGAGAAAGAUAUGCAGACGUUAAAAAAAAAAAUCAGGGUUUAAUCUGAUGCUUACAAACCUUUGAAAUUUGGGUGGGAAAGUAUCGUAGAAGAGUAUGAAGACGAAAUAUUCUCACUUAUCGCCCAAGAGGCAGACUAUCUAGCUGACAAGCUGUGCAGUGAAAAAUCAGGGUGCAGUAUGCUGGGGUCUGUUCUCCAAGGCCCAUCCAUGGCCAACCCCAUCCACGGGAGCACCAGCAAGUGCCCAAAGCCAGAUGUGAAACCCACCUGGGCAGCAGCAGGUUCACCAUGA